GACUAUUCUUGAGUUAGCUUAUUUCAUGUACUGUACAUUAUACGUGCUGUAGGCGAAUGAUGGUUAUAAAUGUAUUCUGUUUUCCUUUCAAACAAAUUUAGGUGUUUCAUGCUGGCUACUGUCUGAAGUAAAGGAUAUUUACUUUGUUUUUAGUUCAGAUGUUCUGUCAAAACUGAGUUUGAUGUUGGAAAAGGAUGUUUUCUACGGUGCCAACAACUCAGAGUUCGCAAAAUCAAAGUUCAUCAGCUAAUAGGCCUGAACUGUAUGAGGAAGUGAAGCUCUUCCGGAACUUCCGGGAAAGAGAAAAAUAUGAUAACAUGGCAGAGCUGUUUGCAGUGAUCAACACAUUGCAGUGGUUAGAGAAGGCCUACAUACGUGAUGCCAUCACACCAAAAGAGUAUACGGCAGCCUGCUCCAAGUUACUGGUGCAGUACAAGGCAGCUUUCAAGCAAGUACAGAGCGAUCAGAUACCCACUGUCGAGACGUUCAUGAAGAAAUACAGGAUGGAUUGUCCAGCAGCCAUGGAGAGAAUUAAGGAGGAUCGACCAAUCACAAUCAAGAAUGAUGACGGCAACACAAGUGAAUGCAUCGCGCAAAUCGUUUCGCUGUUCAUCACGGUCAUGGACAAGCUCCGAUUGGACAUGAAGGCUGUUGACGAGAUUGAACCCGAACUGCGGGAACUCAGCGAAACCAUGAACAAGAUGACCCUGCUCACCGACGACUACCAGGGGAAGGAGAAGGUCAAUUCCUGGUUAAAGACCAUGUCAUCGAUGCGAGCUUCUGACGAACUCGAUGAAGACCAAAUCAGACAGUUGCUGCACGAUCUGGACUCGGCCUAUCAGAGCUUUAUACGUCUGCUCGGAACCGGAUCGUGAGUAGGUUGAAUUGCUGGGUCAGCAAAGUACUUGUGUGAAACAUGAAAAUCAUUCAAGUGUGACAAAUUACUCGGAGCAUAUCAUUAGUGUUGAAAACGACACAUUGUGAAAUGUGAAAGUUUGAUCACCCUCCAUGAUUUGUAGACUGUUACAUGAUAUGUAAAAGAACACUGUAUGAUGUACAUGUAAUUGUAAUUGUAUAUAUUCUUUAAAUGUUUUUGUUAUUAACCUAGCUUGAUACACAUGUAAAGAGUUGUGUGAAACACUACAUGCGGGCAAUUCAGAAUACAGUGCGCCACCAAGAGGUAGCCAUGAAAAGGCUGUGUUUCGCAGUGCAUUGUGGGAAAUGGUCAAUCGAAUUCUAUUCACCGGGUGUGUGCAGGGAGCUUGAAUUACAAUGUAUUCCUAAUAUUUGCCAGGGAAGAAGAUUUGUUAGCGUGUUUUGAGUAGCAGUUGUUAUCAAUCCUUUUAUCUUUCUGUUGCAUGGAAUGCCCCAAUGAGUCCAACAAUUUCUCCAAGUUGACUACUGACACACCGGUACGCUCAAAUGCAAAUGUCGCGGCAAGGCAGCCGUGCUUUUGUCGACCGUAAACUUGCAAAAUGGCCUCUCUAUGGCAAGCUCUUGGUCGUGCACUGUAUUGUGAAUUGCCUUUGUGUAUAUUCCUGUUCUGUCUGUGAUGUGAAAAAGAAGGUCUUACUUUUCUUGCUUCCUUGAUAUGCGUGCAUUACUCCCUGGGCAUUCUCAAAUGCAAAUGUAGGCUUUUGCAAACACUCCAGUUUCAUGCCAGUCCCUGAAAAUAUGGUAAAAACAUGGAUGACUUAGUUUUAUUGUCCUGGAAGAUUAUGUGCCUGUUGGAAAGAAAAAUGGCUUGAUCUCUUGAAUGUGAGAUUAAGGCGGUGUGCUGUAACGACAACUAUUGGUUAAGAGGAUGCAUUGUACUGAAUGGGUACUAAAAAUGUCAAACAUCUCACGUGAGCAGUCAUCAUUACUAUUCUGAAGGUGAAAGGUGAUAGCUUAAUGUCGCCAACUCUGGCAUACGUGUUGGUGAUUUUAAGAACACCACCGGACAGUCCACUACAACUGUCCAGGCUGUCAGACGUCCAGGUAGUAGCCUCAGUUUAUGGUCCCACUUUUGCUUUUGGUGAUGAUAAAUUUACUUAGUUAAAAUUCUGUCAUUAAAAACAGAGUGUGGAAUUGAUGACGGGUUGCCAACCCUUAUUUUUCUUCUCUUCAUUGUUUCCCUCAAUAUUUGUCUAGUUUGAAAAGCAGAUGGCCUGACUGUAAUAAAUGAUUGAGUGGAAGCACUGUAGAAGACCAGCUUGUAAAGGCAGAUGCCAAACUGUUCCAAGAAUUCAGGUACACAUGUACCUAUCAAAUUUAUUGGGUGCAAAGAACAUUUAAUCCCAAAAAGGGACCACCAUGCGAUAGAUAUUCAUUUUGGAUGAAAUGCUUAAUUUGCACGCCAUACAAGUUGUUCUCUUUUUUUUUCUUUUUCGGUAAACGUAUAAAAGUGUGAGGGCAGUUUUUAUGUACCGGCAUGUACAUGUAGAUGGUCUUUGAUGAGCUUGGUUGGACCCUUGUUAUUCCAAGGUCAUUUCUGGGUAUCUUUUUUAUCAAAGUUGGUGUUGUAAAAAAAAAAAGCGGGGGAGGGCUUUUCUUUUACAGUGUACCUUUGGUGGGUUUAUCAAUCCAAAGUUAAUGGAACUUUAAAUUUGGAUAUUUGAUAAGUGCCAAGAGAGUCUUUGUUGAUGCAGUGUGCUUGUAAGGUGCUUGAAAAAUAAUGUCAAAAACGAAAUUGUUCCGAAGUCAUCGUAUGAGGAAUGAUUGUUCAAGCUUAACAUCUUGCUUACGAGAGGAAAGCCUGGAAAAUUCAACCGACAGAUGUUGCAAUGAAGCAAUAUGCUUCAUGGGAAAUAUUUGGACUGUGAUAAAUAAUACCCCGCUGUACUUCUUUCCUGGACUGGAGAGUAUAUUGCAGUUUUUCAGUAUGCCGCUUGAGUGCAAGUGGGAAUAAUGCUCCUUUGUGGUUUUGGAAAUGGUCGCCUCGGUAUCCCGUCAAAAUCUGAUGCAGCAGAGGAAGAAUCAGGUUUGCCUAGUUUAGGUUAACCCUGAGAAAGUUAAAAGUAUCAAGAUUUUAAUUAGUGUAAAAUAAACCAAAGCGAGAGCAGCCGAAA